AUGAAGUUUGCCGCCCUCAGCACGUUGAUGAUCUCCGUGGCACUUGUUGCUGCCCAGGAUCCCCAAGGGUUCCGCGGGCUUGGUGCCGAGUGUAAGAAGAACCGGGACUGCUGUCCUUGCGACACAGGCUCCGUAGCGUCGCUUUACUGCAACCCCGACAAGUCGUCAUCAACGGGAUUGAGGUGCACGAAAUUGGCACCUACUCUGGAUUGGUGCAAAAACCACCCAGGCAAAUGUGGAAACUGGGAUCAACUUUCAGGAUAA